AUGCCCUCCGCAGUUGACAGCUUGCUUGCCAUCGCCCACAUCGUCAAGCGCAUCAUCGACUAUGCCGAACGUCCUACUCUUGCGCGCCUGAUGCGCGUCUCCAAGAGGCUCAUUGACAAGGCACUCCGCGAGAAAGUGAAGAACGACCCUGAGCAAUAUCGCAAAUUCCGUCUCAGUCGCCUCGCAGACAACAAGGACGCGUCCGAGGACAUGGAGAAGGAGAAGAAAGACAUGUCUAAGACGACAAAGGCAGGCUCGAAAAGCUCCUCCCUCGCCACCAACCCCAAGGCUACCUCGAGCAAGCACCACGAUGGCAAGACUCCUCGCACUCAACCGGUCCUUCCCAUCUCCAAAAAGGUUCUCCUCAGUUACGUCCGCGUGAUCAGCAUUGGCUCCCACCACGAAAGUGCGUGCGACAGCUUUGGAGAACUCCUUGGUGAACAUAUUACCGACCUCAACGUCCUCCGCAUUGUCGAUACCCCGGUUCACUGGGCCUUCUGUGCCCAGAUGUGUGAGCACAUUCCCCAAGGCCAAUGCGCCCUUGUCACCUCUAUCAAGCCGCGCAAGAUUGUCUUGCGCAACAUCGGUGGUUUACACAUCCCUUUCCCUCCCAAGUGGAGCCUUCACGACAAGACCAAGGAGGUGGUCAUCAUCCUCUCCACCCUCCGCGACCGUUACGCUGGAAUGAAAGACCUCUCCCACUCCUACCUGGGUCAGCUUACCAGUGCGACUUCGGUUAAGAUUGUGUUUUGGCCUGAGUGGGACCAUUCACUUAACGACCAUCCUCUUCUGAAGCUUCGCGAAAGUGACUGCAUGGAAGUACCCGCGGCCGCCCGCGACGAACUCAUCUACGUCGAUGACAUGGCUCGUGUUCUUCGCGCCUUCACCUACGGCCGCAGCUCCAUCUUUGGAAGCAAGCCUGUCGUCACAGUCUUCGGUUUUGGCGAACUCCGUCUGACCGACCUCAACCGCUCCUUCCUCGUUGAUGAAUACUACAAGCUUAAUCCCAACGGCCCCACCCCGGACCUCCACACGCUCGCCAAGAAGCACGCUACCCAGCUCCAGAUUAUCAUGGCUACCGUUGGCAAUGCCCAGCCAGUCAUGAUGGGUUCCUGCGAGGUCCUCUGGCGCAAGAUUGGCAGUUACAAGAACAACCUCCAGAACCGCCACGCCGAGAUUGACCAGUACGACUAG